UAGAAGGCGGAGGGAGACAACACCUGGUUGUGGUGCUCUGCGUUUGUGUCACGACUUCUUUUGCGGUGUGCGUGCAUAUGAUGUCAUAUUCCAGGCAGAAGGUGGCAUCCCCUCGACAACCUCUGACAUCAUCUCGGAGACAUCAAGAUAAUAAGAGGAAGGAAGAGAGCAGAGCGGGAAAGACAGGGAUGCUCUUAGCAGGUGCCAAAAACUGAGUCCAGAGAGAAAGAGAGAGAGACAGAGGGAUGGAGGACUAAAGCGAUCCGUCAGGUUUUAAAAGCUCUUCAAACUAUUAUUGACUCACAUUAGCGGUGUUUUUGGGGCCAUUAUCACUUGCACCAUGCUGUGCUCCUCUGUAUUUGUGGUGCUCCUAGUCCUUCUGGCCAGUCCGGUGCCGGGCCACACCCGAACCCUUCACACCCCUGACAAAGCCAUGCAGGUCAUCGAGCAAUUCCUUGAGCGCUACAAUGACCUUUUGACCCUUGAUGAUCUUGAGAACCUCACGAGUGACCAGUCGGAAGAGCCCAUGCAGACCUUCAGCUCUGGGCUAAAGGUGGCAGAAUACCCCAAGUGGAUUGACAUACCUGUGCAGAGCGAGAAUGCCUGGCUCCGCCUCUUGAAGGGGGCUUUGGCCAAUCAGAAGCGAGCUCCACCGGACCGGUUGCGGAGGGGUUGGAACCGAGGCUGUUUUGGCCUGAAACUGGACCGGAUCGGCUCUAUGAGUGGCCUCGGCUGCUAAUAAUGAACUGAGAGGUGGACCGAGAUGAUGAGAUGACUGUUGUCCCACUUAGCUUUAGGUAGAGGUCUGGUUUGGGACUCCGUGAAAACUAGGUGGACAAAUUCAUUAUAUUGUGUAUUUCAAUAUACUUAUUUUUACAUGGGAUUUGAAGUGAAAUGUUGUUAACUGUAUUUGUAUUUAUUUCUUAAUGAAGGUAGUAGUGUUUCCUGGUUCCUUGAGAUGUAGAUGAGAUACAAUCAUUUUGAUAAUAUGCUAGUAGUUUACUAGUAAGUAAAGAUCUUAAAGUAAUGUCUCAAAUAGUCUCAAAAUGCAUGAUUUGUAGAACAUAUACUGCUCACCUUCUGUAGUUUUUGCAUGAAUAAAAUUUCUUCCACAUCA